AAAAUUACACGACUUAUCGAUUGUGCUGCAGGCGAAUUUCGAAUAUUAAAUUUUAAUUCUUAUUUGUAAGUCCAUAGACUCCAGGUAUUACGUAUCCAGCAGCCAUGUCUGACGUGUACAUUGUGUCCGCAGCCCGCACGCCCAUAGGUAGCUUCAGUGGAACGCUUUCUAAACUGAAAGCCUCCGAUCUGGGCAGCGUGGUCAUCCAGGAAGUGCUCAAGCGUGCGAAUGUGGAGCCCCAAAAUGUCAACGAAGUCAUUAUGGGUCAGGCGCUCACUGCGGGUCAGGGCCAGAACCCCGCACGUCAGGCCACUCUCAAGGCGGGUCUGCCCAUCCAAGUGCCAGCCUAUGGCAUCAAUAUGCUCUGCGGUUCAGGUCUCAAGACCGUUGUCCUGGGCUAUCAGUCCAUCCGCUCUGGCGAUGCCAAUGUCGUGAUUGCUGGCGGCCAGGAGAGCAUGUCUCUGGCUCCCCAUGUCAUGCAUUUGCGGCAGGGUGUGAAAAUGGGUCCUGGCACUCUUGUGGAUUCGAUGCUCCAUGACGGCCUCACCGAUGCCAUGGAGAACAUUUCCAUGGGCCUCACCGCAGAGAUUAUUGCCGAGAAAUAUAAUCUGAGUCGCGAGGCCCAGGACUCGUACGCCGUUCAGUCACAGAUACGGGCAGAGGAGGCCCAGCAGAAGGGCUACUUUGACAAGGAGAUUGUCCCCGUAGAGAUCAAGGAUCGAAAGGGCACACAGAUCUUCAGCAAGGAUGAGUACAUCAAGGCGGGCAGCACUGUCGAGGGUCUGCAGAAGCUGAGAGCAGCCUUCAAAGAGGGCGGCAGCAUCACCGCAGGCAAUGCUUCGGGUGUGAAUGAUUCCGCUGCUGCUGUGCUGCUGAUGUCCGGCGAGGAGGUCGCCAAAAAGGGCCUAAAACCGCUGGCCAAGAUUGUGGGUUGGACGCAAAGUGGAAUAGAGCCACGGGUAAUGGGUCUGGGACCGGUUACAGCUGUGGAAGCUUUGUUGACCAAACUCUCGUGGAAACGCGAGGAAGUCGAUCUGUAUGAGCUGAACGAAGCCUUUGCUGCCCAAUCCCUGGCUGUGCUGCAGGAUCUGCAGUUGGAUGCCACCAAAGUGAAUGUGAAUGGUGGGGCCAUUGCCCUGGGUCAUCCGAUUGGUGCAUCGGGUGCCCGAGUGCUGGUCACGCUGCUUUAUGCCUUGGAGCGCACUGGCGGUCGUCGUGGCAUCGCUUCUCUGUGCAUCGGUGGUGGCAUGGGCAUUGCCCUGGCCAUCGAGCGUGCCGUCUAAUGGAUGUAAUCCUAUCCUGCUCUCUCUUAGUAUUCAAUAUAAUUUAUUAUUCGCGGUGUCUGUUCUCUCAACUUAAGUAUAAAGUUGUGUUCCUCGACAGGUUUUUUUUCACAAUAGAUUUUAUGUCCAUGCCAAUUAAAAUCCAUUUUAGAAAAGCUGUCAAGUGUUUCAAUUUACAGAAUUUUCAAUUGCCAAUCUCCUGCAAUGCCUCGCGCGUUUUCUCAAUUGAAAUCUUUCGGGGGGAGACACAACCCAUUUAUUUUGCAGUUACUUUUGUUUAUGCAGCAAAUAUUUGUACAAAGUGAAGGUCAACAUGGGUUAAUUUUAGCAUGUACACUGCGUUUCGGGAGUAUAAUAUAUAUAGAAAAUUCUCUUCUAAAAGUUGCAAUACGUUUGGUUAUUCGUAUAAAUUUUAGCUAAAAAAUGUUGUCUAUUCUAUUACAUAUAU